AUGUACCCACUUAUCAUGAGAGUUAUGGCAGACUUCCAAUUUUUCUCCUCGUUCACCGAAAGAGAUGUCGGCCCCAUGUUCUUCCAGAUCCCUGGGCCCCCCGAGACUGAGAUCAUGGGCGAGGAGUCAGACUAUUUGAUCGAAGACUUCCGGGAGCAUCACAGCGAAAGCUCAGUGCAUUUCGAGAUCACUCUGAGCGCCGCCAAGCUGAAGGAGGCGGAGAAAGCCGGGCUGGAGAAGACUUUCAAGCUCAAAUCCUCCAUCUCCACGUCCAACAUGGUCCUCUUCGACGCGGAGGGCAAGAUCGCCAAGUACAACUCGUCCCUGGACAUCCUCCAAGAGUUCUGCAAGCUCAGGAGGCAGGUGUACGUGAAGCGCAAGGACUUCUUGGUUGCCAAGCUCACGUGA